UUUUGGAUAUUGAACAAUUAUUAUUAUGUAUAAUGUAUAAAUUACUAAAAAAAAAAUUCAGCUGAGGACGUGACGUUAAAGGCGGAAGUGGAAUUUGCGCCUGCGCACACAGUUUGAUGCGAACAGCUCAAAGCAGUUUGUGCGUGAUGGACAUCUUACGGCCGGUUCUCAUUAACAUCAACGGAAGAAUUUACAGAAAAAAUCCAGUCCAGGAGGAAUGUCCUUAUGAAGAAGAGGAUGAUUAUUCAUAUUCAGGAGCAGAUGCUGAGCAGUGUCUGGACGAGCCUUGUGACGCUCACGACAUCGAACAGACAGAGAAAGGCUUCCGCUGUGCCAUAGACGUGCCAAGUGUGCUUUAUAAAUAUAUUAUCGGUAAGAAGGGAGAGACUCGUAAACGACUGGAAUCGGACACAAAAACUUCGAUCAGCAUCCCGAAACAAGGCGUGGAAGGACAGAUCGUGGUCACAGGUGCACACAGGGCUGCAGUCGCCUCAGCUGUAACCCGCAUUGAGGUUUUGAUCGACAGCUUUCGGAGGAAGCAGCCGUUCACGCACUUCCUGUCGUUUGCACUAAAUCAUCCUCAGGUGCAGGAGGGCUUUCUGCGCUUUCGAGAGGAGGUGUUGGAACAAUGUGGGCAGGACUCAGGAGUGGAUGUGAGUAUUUUUCAGAACCCAGCUAAACUCCACCUAACCAUCGGCACUCUGGCCCUGCUGAAUGAACAGGAAGUGACGCGCGCAAACGAGCUGCUUCAGCAAUGUCACAGCGUUAUCAGAGAGAUAACCCAAGCAAAACCACUUCCUGUAGAAGUCAGAGGAAUUGAAUAUAUGAAUGAUGACCCAUCAAUGGUGGAUGUUCUGUAUGCUAAAGUUGCUGUUCAAGAUGGAUCUGACAAGCUCCAGCAGAUCGCAGACAGGCUUGUGGAGUGUUUCGCUUCAGCCGGUCUGAUGGAACGAGAGCGGGACAGAGUGAAGAUUCACGGCACCAUAAUGAACACGCUCUUCCGGAAAGAUCCGUCAGCGGAGGAUAAAGGAGCUUCAGGAAGACUGAACAAUAAAGAUCGAGAAGCUUUUAAUGCAAGAAACAUCUUACAGAUGUUCGGAGAGUUUUAUUUCGGAGCGUUUGAGCUGAACUCGAUGCAGAUGUCUCAGAGGUUCUCCACUGACGGCACGGGAUACUAUUCCUCUGUGGGACACGUCACGUUCUCAUGAUGGGACGGUUACACACUCACAUACUGAAAGACUUAUAAAUGGCUCCAAAUUAUUGAUUGAGAAUCAUUUAUUGUUGUCAUGCAUUGUAAAUAUAAAUAAGAGCAUUUCAAUGGAGAAAAAAAAUGGAGUGCAGAAUGAUGUCACCAAUAUUUUUGGGCCUUUUCCCAGUGUUUUUAUUCAUCAAAGUAUCAUGAAAAAAAAAAUGUAUCACAGUAA